CCUGAGCGCGCGCUGCUUGAAAACCCUAGGCGGCUUUCACGCGCCACGGCCGAGCGGAGCGGCGCAGCGCGGCGCGGGCGGGGCCGGCGCGUGGCAUCCCGCUCCUCCCGCAGCGAGUUCGGCCAACGCCAUGGGGAUUCAGGGCCUGCUCCAAUUCAUCAAGGAGGCCGCGGAACCUACCCACGUGAAGAAAUACAAAGGGCAGGCAGUAGCUGUGGACACGUACUGCUGGCUGCACAAAGGCGCUUAUGCUUGUGCUGAGAAGCUGGCCCGAGGAGAGCCAACAGAUGUUUAUGUAGCUUUUUGUAUGAAACUUGUUGAUAUGCUCCUCUCAUUUGGAAUUAUACCAAUUUUGGUAUUUGAUGGAUGCACCCUGCCUUCUAAGAAGGAAGUGGAAAAGGCCCGAAGAGAGAAGCGUCAAGCCAGUCUUCUGAAGGGGAAACAAUUGUUGCAGGAAGGGAGACUGUCAGAAGCUAGGGAAUGUUUUGGGCGCAGUGUGAAUGUUACGCAUGCUAUGGCUCAUGAAGUUAUUAAAGCUGCCCGAGCCCGGGGAGUUGAUUGUAUUGUUGCUCCUUAUGAAGCUGAUGCUCAGUUGGCUUAUCUUAAUAAAACUGGCAUUGUUCAAGCUAUAAUUACCGAAGACUCUGAUCUUUUAGCUUUUGGAUGUAAAAAGGUAUUUCUGAAAAUUGACAAGUUUGGAAAUGGACUAGAAGUAGAUCAAGCUCGACUAGGGAACUGCAAGCAGCUUGGAAAUGUAUUUACAGAAGAGAAAUUCCGCUACAUGUGUAUUCUUUCUGGUUGUGACUACCUCUCAUCAAUUCAUGGAAUUGGUUUAGCUAAAGCGUGCAAGUUACUAAAAUUAGCCAACAAUCCAGAUAUUAUAAAGGUUGUAAAGAAAAUGGGGCAGUACUUGAAGAUGAAUAUAACAGUACCAGAAGAAUACAUACAGGGUUUUACACGGGCCAAUAAUACAUUCCUUUAUCAGUUAGUUUUUGAUCCUGUCAACAGAAAAUUAGUUCCUCUGAAUGCAUAUGGAGAUGAUAUUGAUCCAGAAACACUAAUUUAUGCAGGACGACAUUUUGGUGAUGGUACUGCUUUUCAAAUUGCUAUUGGCAACAUUGAUAUCGACACAAUGGAACAAAUUGAUAAUUAUAACCCUGACACUGCACAGCCUGUGCGACAGAAAAGUUGUGGCUGGAAUGACAGGCCUGCUGAUCACGUAAAUAGCAUUUGGAGCAGAGACUACAAGCUUGGCCCUAAAGCAGAUACUGUUCCUCCUAAAAUGCAUUUACUAGAGAAACCAACAACCAAAGGCAUUGAGAAGAUAAUUAGUGUUAAAGGGCUAAAAUUUUCUGGCAAAGAGCUCUUAGCAAAAAGGCCAAGGAGUGAUUUAGAAGACAUCUCUGAUGGAGAUCUGUUGAGCCAAUAUUCGUUUUCAAAAGCAAAAAAAAUCAAGGAGAGUGAUCGUGAUGGCCAAACACAAAAGAGUGUCUCAGCAAUACAAAGCCUUGAUUCUUCAGGGAAUUCUGUCACUCAAGAAAGCGCUAACUCUCUGCCCACAGUUAGAAAUAAAUUUGCUUCCUUUCUACAAAGGAAAAACAAAGAGAAGGAUGCUGUAAUUGUUCCAGGAACAAGAAGCAGGUUUUUCUGCGAUGAUGCAAUUAUGUUUGACAGUAAAGCAAAGAAGGAUGGCUGUGAUCUAACUCAAGAUGCUGAGCAGGAUUGCCAGAAACAGCAAGUAGAACUUGAAGGAGAUGUUUCCCUGAUUUCAGAAACUGAAAAAUCAACGAGGACUAUCAUUACAUCUCCUGGAGAAACACAGAAAAACUGCUUCCGGUGGUUUAGCAGCCUUAUAACUAACUCGGGAAACCAUGGUCCAUCUCAUACUGUAUUUUCACAGCAGUUUCACCAACAGAGAAGCUACUGCAAGGUAUCCCAGGAAGGUCAGAUUAAUGGUGUACAAACAGAGAGUGGGGCAGUGUGUGACGAAUCGGAGGAAGAAUCUUCCCUCUUAACAGAACUGGAACAGUCAUCACAGUCUCAAAGGUCUUGUGAGCAAUCAGAAUGCAGUUUGGAGUCUUCAGAAAUACCGCAGUUCUCUAACAACCGUUCAGAUGCAGAAGACUCUGACUCCAAUUCAAAACUGGCUAAGUAUCAGUGUACAUGGUCUCCAGUAUUUUCUGCUCUUCAAACUGACAGAAAAAAUACGAUCAUAAAGACCAAGGUUCCUGGUUUACAUAAAUCCAGUUGUAUAGGGCCGCGUAUUGUACCAAAGCUCAAGCCAUUAAUACCAGCUAAAGUAAGCGGAUUAAGUAGGAAACAGUCACCUGUGCAGAAGAGAAAUCAUUGCGAUGCUGAAAAUACACUGGGACUGCAAGCCACCAUCAGUGAACUCCGGAAAAACUUCCAGUUUAAAAGAGAGUACGAAAACUUCCUUCUUGUAAAAAGUCGGAUCCAUUGUCUCCAAUCAAAGAUAAUAUACAGCUUACUCCGAAACAGAAGAAGAAAUCUUUAAUCAUCUGGAACAUAGUCAUGUGCAGAGGGCUAUAUUCCAAUGACCUGUAUGCUGUGCGCAAUAGGGUGCAAUUUCAAUCAUCAUAUAAAUUUACCUUCUGGAUAUUUCAUAUAUAUAGAAAAGAUUCUUAGAAAACCAACUAUAUUUUAGGCUGACUAGUGAUUUGUCAUCUCUUUUAUAAAAGUGUGAAUUGAAAAGUGCAGUUUUAUACUGACUGGAAUAAAAUCCUUCAGAUGCCUAUGUUCUCUUA